AUGCCGAAAGCGUAUGCUUCUGAUCAUGUUGUGAAGGCGGUAGAGGAUGAAGAUGAUGACGAUUUCGUCACCAAUGAGGUGAAGCGGCGUCUGAAGGAGCUGAGGAAGAACAGCUUCAUGGUGCUCAUACCUGAAGAAGGAUAUCCAGAAGAGGAAGAGGGGGGAGGGAGCAGCUCGAGCGGGUGGAGGGAGUCGGAAGAGGGUGGCGAUGCUCCAUGGUGCACGUUUAAUGCAAUUUAUGCUAAGUACACGGAGCGGAUGACGUUCUUUGACAAGCUGAUGGUCAAGAGUCUCAAAGAAGCUGGAUCGUUGGGUGCUUCAAAACAUUCACAAAGCUCUUUGUCAAAGAAGUUGUAUAUGAACCUGCUUAACCUCCCUAUCAAGGCACAAAAUGGACAUUGUGAUGGCAAUGAAAUUCUUAGAAGUCAGCAGGAAGAUAGCCCUUGUGAGAAUCUUGAAGCUGCUUAUGUUUCACAAGUUUGUUUAAGUUGGGAGAUUCUCCAUAAUCAUUUUCAGAUAGUUGUUGAAGUACCAAAUGUCAGCUGGGAUGAUAUUGGUGGGCUGGAAAAUGUCAAGAGGGAACUGCAAGAGUUAAAUCCUCCCAAAACUAUCGCCGACGCCAUCCUCACUCGCCUCGCACGUGCCGACGCCGUCAUCACCAUCGGCCUUACGGGGGCAAUUUCGUCCAGAUGUGCAUUUAUAAAUGGCGCACUGAGCGAACCCUCUCUCUCUCAACAAGAGUCUUGUCGAUCGCGCACGAUUUCGUCCACCGAAGACCCGAAACGCGCGGCGAUGACGAAGGUCCACCCCAACGCCUCUCCGGCGGUUCCACCCAGUUAUGAAUCGGAAUCUCCUGUGUGGCGGCGGAGGAAGCCGGCAGGCGUGGUCUUUACAGUGUGGCGGAAGUCGCUCCUCUUUAACGGGAAUGGGUUCACGGUGUUCGAUGCCAAGGGAAAUUUGGUGUUUCGAGUCGAAAACUACUCGGCUGGGAGUAGAAAUGAGUUCGUUCUCAUGGACGCCGCCGGCAAGCCGCUGCUUACCAUCCGGAGAAAGAAGCUGAGUCUUGGAGAUCACUGGCUGAUUUACAAUGGUGAUGAGAGCGCCAAUCCUCAGUUUGCCGUCAAGAAGCACAAGAACCUCUGGCUCUCAAAGGGGAUGGCACGAGUGACUCCAUGCACUUCUGGUGCCAAGGCAUGCCUCACCUAUGACAUCGAGGGCUCUUACUCAGAGCGAUGCUGCGCCAUCUAUGACCACAACAGACAGCAGAUGGCGGAGAUCAAGAGAAAGGAAUCUGCCCAAGGCAUUGCCCUUGGCCUUGAUGUCUUCCGACUGAUCGUGGAGCUAGAAUUCGACUCAUCUCUCACUAUGGCCAUCGUGAUAAUUCUCGAUCAAAUGUUUGGAUUCAGAAGAUUCCUUUCCAGAGGUUAAAGCUAAAGCUUCUCCGGCUGUUGUGCUUGUAUUUUAUCAGGUUGUUACUUAUUGCUCUCUCCUCAAGUUUGUAACCACAGAACAGAAGAGCCAAAAUAACAGAGUGAAAGAAGGUGACUUCUUGUAUGUGCAUAAGAUGAGAGGAACAAGUGACAAACAAUGAGCGCAAAGAAAGUAAAAAAGCACCGUGUUUGUAUUGCUCCUCUGUAAAAUACCGAAAAUAGGCGAAUAUUAAUAAAGGAAUUUUCCGGGAUUUUUGGAAAUUUUCCGGGAAUUUUUCGGA